AUGGCCGCCAUUGAACACCGUGCACUAUUCGCUGCCCUGUCAGAGCAAGGGGUCCCUGUCGAGUACCGCACGCUGCUCCAAUGCUUGUACACAGCUCAACGCGGACUUGUGGACAGCUGCCAGUUCGACAUAGAACGCGGGGUCAGACAGUGUGACGUGAUUAGUCCAAUGCUCUUCAACGCUGCGCUGGAAGCGGUCAUGUGCCGGUGGCAGGCUCGGCUUGGCAAUUGCGGUCUCCUGCUCAGCCCGCAGAGCGAUCGUUUGACUAACAUCAGAUAUGCAGACGAUAUACUUCUAUUUGCUCGGUCGCAUGAGGAUGCAGUGUUCAUGUUCGAUUGCCUCGUGGAGGAACUGAGCAGAGCUGGUCUGUCCGUCAACGCGCGGAAGACGAAGAUUUUGACAACAGAUGCGAACGUUGCAGCAGACGAGGUCCCGCUCUUCCUCGACGCCGGCGGCGGGAUGGUUGAGGUUGUCAAGCACGCGGGCACGCACAAGUACCUUGGCCGGCUGCUGAGCGGCGAUUUGAGGAUGCGAGGUAAGUGCAACCUGGAGCACCGCAUGAAGUGCGUUUGGCUUAAGUACCACCAGUUUUCAGACACGCUGCAGAACCGCAACAUUCCGAUCAAAUUACGCCUGCGUCUGUUCGGCUCCGUGGUGACGCCGUCUGUCCUCUACAGUCUGACCUCUACGCCACUCACUCAAAAAGACCUCGACAAGCUGGACGCGCUCCAGGGGAAAAUGUUGAGGCGCAUUGUUGGGUGGGUACGUUUGGAGGAGGAACCAUGGCAGCUUACUGGCCAUCGCAUGAAGCGCCGGCUGGACGCGGCCUUAGCGCAAUAG